UUAAAAAAUAUAUAUUUUUGGAACAAAUUCAUUUCCUCCUGCACUUGGUUCCGCAAAAUUAAUGUUAGACAUCAAAGAAACAAUGCCGCCUUUGAAGUAACCGCGGAAGGAUCACCGCGCGGCUUCCUUCUAAGAUCCCGGCAAUGAAGCAAUCCUCACAUUUAAAAAGGGGAAAGACUUUCGUUUUCUUUCCUCUCUUCAGUGCAUAAAUUUAGAUGUUAGGUUUAGAGAGUACAGUGUGUGUACGCCUGCAGCUAAUUGUCAACUAAUUAAUGCAACACUCUUUAUCGAGGCUAGAGAAAAUCUUUGAAAAACUGAUGUUUGAAAUAUUGCUUUUAGCCUAUGUAGAGAUUUAAUUCUGCAUGAAGCCUGGGUUUCACAUGAGUCGGACAUGUAUUACUCCGUAUAAAUGGCUUUGCUGUGAUUGUAUCUCUCCUCUUUGUCCUAUUGUUUUGUUUGAGAAAAUCUCUUGACUGGGAGGGAAGCGACAGCGCGCAGAAAACUGUGAGAAAAAAACGCGAGAUGAGCACGUGCGUUUCGGUACGAUUCCAUGAGAACAGCUUCAAUUCCUCCUACGAGGAAUUGUUCCUUCUCGUGCGUUCCGAAAAGGAAGGGGUUAAAUAACGAACUUCGCAGGUCUUUAAGAAAGAGGCCUGUGUCUUUAAAGUUUAUGUAGCAACAGAAGGAUUGCUGGGAUAAUGCUGGGGCGGCAGAUCACUUACUUCUGACGUUACAAAGCCUCGGGGAGUUGGCUCAAGAUUGCUAGUCUUUGAUAAGGUCCUUGCAACUUAGUAGCAACUUUGUGUUUCCAAAAAUUAUCGUAAAAAAACCGUUUUCGAUCGCCUGUCGCAAAAAUAUUGAAGGUCUAUCGACACAAUACACACAGGGGUGACGAAUGAAUGAAGUGUAAACGUGUUACAACGCAUAAAAUGUCACAUGUUCUCUUUAAAGAGGAAAAAAAGAAGAAUUGUUUUGUAUCUACCUUUCGGGACCAGGCCGUCGGUUCUUUACUUUGAUGUCCGCAGUUAAACCUUCGCACAGUUAGUGUUGGAAUAGCCUGGAGGAGGUCUACUGCUUGCUUUGACUGCCUCAAAUACAGUUUGUAAAGAAAAGGGAAAACAGGGAUUUUUUUCGGGAAGAAGGCACGUUAGAUUUUUACCUUUUUUGCAACGAAUACAUUAACCGAAAGGACUGUAAGGGAACUGCCUGUAACUGGAGACUGUGGAUUACUUUUUAAAAAAUCAAAAUCUUCUGAGAGAAGUGUUUUUGAGGAGCAAACUCAUGGAUCGAUGAGAGAAGACGGGGCUGAGUGGGUCCCCCGCUGACUUAAGAGGGUGAGGAGAUUACGACCGCGCGCAGUGAAGCUGGGAAAGAGAGACGCGGCGGCGGGAAGCUGAAGCCAUGAGCAGGGCGCUCGCGGACCCCAUCGGCAGUAGCUUCAGAGAAGAUGCGCCUCGUCCUCCGGUCCCCGGGGAAGAGGGAGAGGCGCCAUGCCACAACCCCGGCAAACUUGCCACGAUGAGAGCCCAGCACAAGGCUAAAUCUUCUGCCCUCGCUUCACCGGUUGCCCCUGCGAAGAGAAACGAAGAUGGGCUCGGGGAACCGGAGGGGAGUGCCUCUCCGGAUUCGCCGCUUGCUCGCUGGACAAAGUCUUUGCACUCUCUUCUCGGGGACCAAGACGGUGCUCAUCUUUUUAGGAUAUUUUUGGAGCGGGAGAGAUGUGUGGACACUUUAGACUUCUGGUUCGCCUGCAAUGGGUUCAGACAAAUGGACCUCAAGGAUACCAAAACCUUACGCGUUGCCAAAGCUAUUUACAAGCGGUAUAUAGAAAACAACAGCGUUGUUGCUAAGCAGCUGAAAACUGCGACUAAAACCUACAUAAGGGAUAAUGUUAAGAAACAGCAGAUAGACUCCGCGAUGUUUGAUCAGGCUCAGACCGAGAUACAGACCGCAAUGGAGGAAAACGCUUACCAGAUGUUCUUAACCUCUGAUAUGUACCUGGAAUACGUCCGCGCCGGGUGCGAGAACCCGGCUCACGUCGGUCCCAACGGACUGGGGAGUCUCAAGUUGAUGUGCGGAUACCUGCCCACGCUCAACGAGGAAGAGGAGUGGAGUUGCAAUGACUUUAAAAACAAAGCAUUGGCCACUUCAGUGGUUGGACUGUCUGCCAAAGCACUCCGGGCUACCGCGUGCCUGAGAACCCUGGAGGCGCUCGAUAAUGGAUACAGGUCGUGCCGACGCGGCGCGGGAGGGGACCCCGCCAACCCCCGCCAGGCCAGCCCGGGGUACGCCUUCGCCCCCGCCUCCAGCGCCAACGACAGCGAGGUGUCCAGCGACGCCAUGACCGACGACUCCAUGUCUGUCACGGACAGCAGCGUAGAUGGCAUCCCUCCUUACACGCUGGGCAACAGGAAGCUGCAGCAGAGGGAGAUGCAGCGCAGCAUGAAGCUCAACGGCCAGGUGACCCUACCUCACUUCCCUCGGACGCGACGGUUGCCCCGGGAGAUGACCCCCGUGGAGCCGGCCGCGUUCGCCGCCCAGCUGGCCUCCCGGCUGGAGCGGCUGAAGAGGGAGCAGGACUCCAUGAGCUCCCUGGAGGAGCGGCUGCAGCAGAUACAGGAGGAAGAAGAGAGGGAGGAGAGCGAGCCGCCAGUCGGAGCCGCCCAUCACCCUCCCCACCCCCUGGGGGCGCUGUCCUCCCCUGGCCCCGGCGAAGAGGACCCCCAGGCCAUCCUGGACAAGCACCUCUCCCGCGUCCUCAAAAGCCCGGGCUGCCAGUCCCCGGGCAUGGCCCGCCACUCGCCCCGCUCCCGCUCCCGCUCCCGCUCCCCAGACCGGCAGCAGCGGGGCGGGGUGGGCGGGGCCUCGGGGCCCAGGGUGCCGCCUCCUCCCCCCGCGUGCUCCGCCCCGGGGUCCUUCCCGCUCCCGGCCUGCGGGGCCGGCGGGGCCUCCGGGGUCUACCUGCCCAAACAGGCCACCAGGCACGUCCACCACCACUACAUCCACCACCACGCCGGGCCCCGCACCCAGGAGCAGGUGGAGGCCGAGGCCGCCCGCCGCGUGCAGAGCCUCUGCCUUCCCGCCGUCGCCCCCGGCGACUACUGCGCCUUCCCCAGGUGCCGGAGCCACGGCAACGAGCCCUGCUGCAGCCCCGGGGAGACCCCCACGAGCGGCAGGCGUUCCUGCUCUUUGUCCAAGCGCGUGUGCAAAGCUGGCGAGGGGGGGGCCCAGCUGAACGGGGAGGGGGGCAGGGGAGGGGUCGCGCCCCUGCAGCUGCCCGCCGACAGCACAGACCGCUCCCAGAACGUGUGGCAGUGGAUCCUGGACAGCGACAGGCAGAGCAAACACAAGCCCCACAGUGCGCAGGGCCCUAAAAAGGGGUGCAGCGUGGACCCCUCCUGCCGGACGUCCCUGGGGCGCGCGUUCACCUGGGGAGGGGGUGGAGGGCCAGGCCUCAGCGGCCACGCCCGCGUGCAUCAGCCCAGCCAGCCCUUCAUCCAGGACCCCGCCAUGCCCCCCCUCUCCCCCCCCAACACCCUGGCCCAGCUGGAGGAGGCCUGUCGCCGCCUGGAGGAGGUGUCCAAACCGCCCAAACAGAGGCACUCGACAUCCAGCCUACAGCGGGACCGGUCACACUUCAGUGCUCCACCGAAUGGAAAUGCCCCAUCAGCUCCUGCCGCUCACGUCGAUGAGCCCAAGGAGCCGAAGAAGGCGGCGGGUUGCCAGGCGGCGUCGUUGCCGGGCGCGGGGGCGGAGCUGGUGGUCACGUACUUCUUCUGCGGGGAGGAGAUCCCGUACAGGCGCAUGAUGAAGGCCCACUGCCUCACUCUCGGCCACUUCAAGGAGCAGCUGCAGAGGAAGGGAAGCUACAGGUACUACUUCAAGAAGGCCAGCGAUGAGUUUGAGUGUGGGGCCGUGUUCGAGGAGGUGUGGGACGACAGGGCCGUUCUGCCCAUGUUCGAGGGCAGGAUCCUGGGGAAGGUGGAGAGGAUGGAGUAAAAAGUGUUUUUGGGGGGGGGAGAAAAAAAAAACUGGACUUUUGAAGAAAUUAAAAGAAAGAAAAAGUAAUAACAACAUUGGAGGCCACGGGCAGAAGGAGCUACUGAAGGAAGGCGAGACAAUGAAGAACCAGCACCAACACUGGGAGUGGACCAAUCAGAUACCUUAAAACCUACCAGCCUUAGACACCUGACCGAACGCCGUUCAGAAAGCCGAGGAUUGUGGGAAAUGCUGAGGACACCAACGAGGCGCUUCAGUGGACUGUCAUGCGCGAGUGUGCGGAUUCCUUCCCUUCUCACAACAGACUGCCACCAGGCCUAACGCUGCGUGUCCAAAACUUGCCACACGCAUCUUGAGUUCCCUUAUGCGUGCAUACGCAUACAAGCAUACAUGUGUGCGUACAUGAUGCCUCUGUCGCGAUUAAAGUUUUGUAAUAUUUAUUUAAACGCACCUCCCCCCUGGCCCCCUCAUGUCCAGAUGAUGGACACGCUGCUUGGAUGAUUGGGAGGAAACAAUGGUGAUUUUUCCAAUGUUGUGACCCCCCCCCCCCCCGACACACCUGUGUGUGUGGAAAGGUGAGGCUGGAGACAGAGAGGGGGGAGAGGUAAGUCUUAGGCUGCGUUCGCGUCGGAUGCGUUUCAUCGGCUCGGAGACGCGAUACGCGCUUCCCCGUUUUUAAUUUUGUGAAACCCACUCUGAAAAAAGGCGCAAAGAGGUGGCUUUUUGCUGUUGCUUGGCAACCGCACUCCGCUCCCGUCAGUCGUUCGCGUGACCACGUUUAACGGGCGUUAGCCCGCGAAUGUCCCCCGGACGUAAUUUGCCGUCUACGUACGCAUCGCGGUAAAAUUUGUCGCCGAGCCUUGGAGCCGCUUUUUUUUUUGUGCCGCGGUCGGUACGAUUUGUGAAAUCGUACAACUUCCAGAGUGUGGCCAGAAAACCGUAACGAGCCACUUCUCCCUCAUCUUAUUUAUUUACAGCGGAAGCUGUACGGGAGGCUCAGAGCCCGCCUCUAUUUUCCUGCGAUUGGACAGCAGAGAAAUGAUUGACAGUGACGUAGGGCGCUUUUUUUUUCCUCAGAGCACUUGAGAAUCGGGACCCUCUUCAGCUCCACGUGCCCCUUAAACACAGGGAGCCGUCCUGGGAGGAUAAACACAAGGAGCCUUUUGCUGCAAAAGCAGCGUAGAAAACGCUUCAAAACUCAUCGAAAAUAAUUCGAAAAAAGCACCCCUCCCCCACCCCGUGCCGUUAAAGUGCGUCUGGUGUGAACGCAGCCUUAAUGGGAUCUCUCCUCCUUCCACGCUGAGGUAUAAAAUGCAGGUUCAGAAACUUAAAAAAAAAAAAAAAAAGUCCUUCCCCAGUAUUUUGUUCUAAUCGCCUGGAUUUGCUAAUUAGCACAAUUCCUCAGCCAGGAGGAGGUGGAACUAAUUAGCGAAAUUAGCUGGCGGAAGUUCAUGGGUGGAAGAAACACACAGCAGGACCUUUGCUCUCUGACCCCUGGACUUCCCACCUCUGCUUGUGGGAUAAAAUUCCUCCUCAACCAGUUCCAUCUUUUGGUGAAUUUAGUGCCUUUUAGCAAGCCCCAAGCAUUGCACCGCCAAGGUCCACAAGGGUAAUUAACCACUGAUAGAUUUUAGCCAGACGUUUAGUCAUCUUUUUAUUCUUUUAACACUGAAAGUUCUCUCUGGAGGUUAAGCUGUUCUGAUUGGCUGGCUCAAUCUGGAUAUUCAUGAGGGGGGGUGUGGUUCGAGAAUGUCCUUAGCUUGUGAGGAAAGUGAUGUUCUAUGUACAAACCAGAUGAUCAGCUCCAACAUCUGUGGUAAAACUAAACCAGGUGGGCAUUUUCACAAAGCAGGAAUACUGAGUUUGCUUCAGAACUGCGCUGAGUAAAACCAGGAACAGCUCUCUUGAGUUCUUCCAGAUUUGGGAUGGUUUCGAGGUUGACUCAGUGCAGUUAUCCUGCUUUGUGACCCCCCCCCAGGAGUAGUCUAAACUUUCAAGAUCAGAACAGAAUGUAAAACGCGAGUAACCAAUAACAACAGAACAGAUGAGAGGCAGGAUUCUGAUGCUGUCCGUUUCUGAAUGCAAACCCACUGCAGUCGUUCAGUCACUGAAAUCUGUUUUAACCUGCUUGUCAUAUAGUGUCUAAAGCAGAACUCCUAAAUGUACACAUUGUAAUUAUGCAUUGCAGACAGCUAAAAAGACUACACUAUUGCUAGUGUUUACUUAGUACAGUACCUGUGCCUACAUGGACUCAGUACCAUGUUCUGUCCUGUGUCAGGGCCUUAAACUUCCCUUGGUUUUUAAGAGGGGUUUAUGUCUAAAAGAUAUUUUUAUGCUUUUAAUAUCCUGUAAUCAUGUUUUAUGUUUUUUUUUUUUUGUUUUUUUUUUUGGCCUCAUCUUUUUGUUCUACAUAAAUUGUAAAUAAUGCAUUAUAAUGAGUAACAUUUUAAAAGAAUACCUGGUACUUUAUUGUAAUUAUUAAGAGAUGUUAGCCUUUAUUAAAAGUUAUAUUUUUGAAAUUAAA